AAUUUAACAUUUACAAUUGUUAUACGAGUGUAUGCACAAAUCUAAUGUGAAUUACACUUAUACAUCACGUUCUAAAAUGGAAAGCUUAAAAACUGCACUUUUAUUUGGAAUUAUAGCUUAUUUGAUGUAUUAUCUAAACUCUCCGUCUAGGACAAAAGCUGUAAGAAAUGUAAACAGCACAUACGACUACAUAGUUGUUGGGGCCGGUUCAGCUGGUUCCGUUCUAGCUGCAAGGCUGUCUGAAGAUCCACAUAUGAGUGUCCUUCUCAUCGAAGCCGGCGGCGAGGAAACAGACAAUUCAACAUUCUAUGAUCCACCUUUGCUUGCACAACUUUUGCAACAAUCGCAAUCUAACUGGGAAUACUACACAACAUCUCAAACAAAGUCUGGUAUGGCAAGUUUGAUUGGUGAAAAUAGGCAUUAUUGGCCUCGUGGAAAAGUUCUCGGAGGAACAAGUAUGUACAAUAAUAUGCAAUACGUCAGGGGAAGUAAAUAUGACUACGACGAAUGGGCGGAAAACGGCUGCAUAGGCUGGAGUUAUAAAGAUGUACUGCCCUACUUCUUAAAGUCAGAAGACGUUUUGGGGAGAGAAUUCGAAGGCUCGGAAUACCAUCACGUUGAUGGACCAUUGGGCGUGAGUCUGGAUACUGUUUUUAUAGACUUGGGAAGGCGAUUUGUUAAAGCUGGUAGAGAACUAGGAUUCCAAGAAAUCGAUGAUUUUAACGGCGAGAACCAACUCGGUUUUGGGAUCAGCCAAACCUCCGUGAGGAAUGGAGUACGAGCAAGUACAGUUAAAGAGUUUCUACGCCCAGCUUUGCUUCGCAAAAAUUUACAAGUUGCUGUUAACUCACAUGUAACAAAAGUCAACAUAGAACAGAAAACCGCUAUAGGUGUGACAUUUGUUGAAAAUGGAGUAAAGAAAAUCGUCACAAAGAGAAAAGAAGUAAUUUUGUCAGCUGGAGUGGUUGGUUCGCCGCAAAUCCUCAUGUUGUCAGGAAUAGGUCCUAAGAAACAUUUGGAGAGUUUGAAUAUAAAUGUAGUUAAUGAUCUUCCAGUUGGAAGAAAUUUACAAGACCACCUAAUGAUUGUGUACCCUUCAGAUGUUAACGAAACAUCAGAGGUUUUAAGUAAGUCGCAAGCUGAAAGUUUCUUAAUAGUCUAG